UAAGUCUAACAAUAACAUUUUGCAUAAUUUAGAAAAAUUGUUGGAGGCAUGUAAUUUCUAUGCAUUUUAGUUAAAGUAUAACAAUUUAUAUAACAUAUUGAGAAAAUAUUGCUUCAUUUAUACUUUCAUUUUGGGGAAGUCAAAAUGUCCAUAUUUAAGAAGGGUCAUAAAAGUCCGUAUGAUGUUGUUAAAAGCUUGACAGCAGCUAUCAAUGUUUUGGAAGUACAUCCUGCUGGAACUAAAAAAGUUGAAAAGGCAACAGAAGAUGUCACCAAAAAUUUGGUUGCAAUGAAAGCUAUAAUGUGUGGCACUGAGCAACAUGAGCCUCAGUCGGAACUUAUUGCUCAGCUCUCUCAAGAGAUAUACAAAAGUGACAUCAUCGAACUUGUGCUAAGAAACUUGUCACAUAUAUCUUUUGAGGGUAAAAAGGACUUCACCCAAAUAUUUAAUAAUCUAAUGCGUCGACAAAUAGGAACACGAAUGCCAACAGUUGAACACUUCUGCACAAGAGAGAAAAUGCUUGAAAUUUUAAUCAAUGGAUACGAAAAGCCGGACAUUGCGCUCAGCUGUGGUGUUAUGUUGCGAGAAUGCAUUCGUUCAGAAGCAUUAGCCAAAGCAGUUCUUUCUUCAAAGGAGUUUCCUAAAUUUUUUGAUUAUGUUGAAAUGUCAACAUUUGACAUUGCAUCUGAUGCUUUUGCCACCUUCAAGGACCUGCUGACCAGACAUAAAGUAGUAUGUGCCGAGUUCCUCAACGCAAACUACGACCAAGUAUUCGAUUGUUACACCCAACUUCUUGGAUCGGAAAACUACGUAACCAGGAGGCAGUCACUGAAGUUGCUGGGCGAGCUGUUACUGGACCGUCACAACUACACCAUAAUGACGAAGUACAUCAGUAGACCAGAAAACCUCAAGAUCAUGAUGAACAAUUUGCGCGACCAGAGCCGGAACAUUCAGUUCGAAGCUUUUCACGUGUUUAAAGUGUUCGUUGCAAAUCCCAACAAGACCAAACCCAUCCUCGAUAUUUUGCUGAAGAAUCAACAAAAGUUGGUCGACUUCCUCACUAACUUCCACAACGAUCGUUCGGACGACGAGCAGUUCAACGAAGAGAAAGCUUAUCUCAUUAAACAGAUACGUGAGCUUCAAUAACCCAUACUGACAACUUGACGAGUUAAGUUCCAGCUCUAUUCGAAAUGCCUGAAUCGCUACUGUUCUCCAUAUUCAAAUAUGCACUUCUUGACCAAAAGGCGGUCAGUUUGCCGGAUCCUUCCGACAAAACUUAGUUUGGUUGCCGUUAUUUAAAACAUUCUUUCGUAUCCGGUUAUUUCUGGGUUAAACUUUAUUUUUGUUAAUAAAUUCUGUCCGUUUUAGGCAUUUUCGCGUUAAAUUAUCUUGACAAUCUUUUUUAAUGUAUUUGGCAUCCACGAUACUCGGAGCUUCAUGCUUCGGACCAUGUACAGUAUGUUUAACCUACAACAUAGCUGCUCAGUGUACUGCCUAAAUUCUUUAUCAUAAGACGUAUAUAAUUUCCAAACAGACCUGGUUUCACACGAGUAAAAUGUUAUAGUUUUAAUGAUUUAGGUUGACACGUUUCACAUCGAAUUUAUUCAUACAGGCUUGCUUGUGUCGUGUGUUAUUUUGAACUUAUAUAUUAUUAGUUGUAUGUUCAUUUAAUGCGUUCUUAUUUUACAUUUCUAUAACGUGAAGGAGAAAUUGUAUUGUAAUUCGAAAAGAAAGCGAUCGAAAUGA